UGUUCAUCUGCUCCUCCCAUUCUUCGUCUAAUGCUAGCUAAACAGCGAUUAAGGUGCAAUUAAUUGCCAUUUAUAUCCAACGUGGUCGAUGUUUACGAUAGUAUUUUAGUCUCGGGAUACUUUAAUGGCAUGAGUCUUUAUUUUACAUUUAUUUCUAUCGCCAUUUGAGUCCGAAUUCUGAGAAACUCCAUUACCCAUCAGACAUCAAUUAUUGUCUGAACUCGGGCUAGUUGCUGUAUAUAUUAUUCCGCUGCACUGAGUUGCUUGGUCCCUUGCUGCUGCUCUGGUUGUGGUGCAUUCCAGAAAUUGCUCAUACUUGACCGCACACGAGCAACAACUGUCCCCGGGCUGUGAGUCGUCUGGGAUGGGUAACUGGAGUCCAUAACUGCGCUCAGCAACUUCACCAUAAUGUCGAUGACUUUUGGCUGGUCGAGCAGCGUGACUCUGCUGUUUGACUUCUGGGAUGUGCACGGGCCUGCAGGGAUGGUGCUGUCGGUGUUUGUGGUCCUGCUGCUGACGGUGUUCUACGAGGUGCUCAAAGUGUGGAGGCUGUGGUUGAGCAGGAGCUCUAAGCUGGCCCAGCCUCAGUCUGCGUACGCCCCCCCCCCAUCCUACCGCAGCGACAGCACCGCAGCGCUGGAGAGCAGCCCCUCCGAGUCCUCGCUGAACCCCAUGGAGCCCCCCCCUCCCGCUGCUAACACCACACACAGAUGGCUGCUGCAUGCGAUCCAGACGGCCCUCCACAUGCUGCAGGUGUCUCUGGGGUACAUGCUGAUGCUGUGCGUCAUGUCCUACAACACCUGGAUUUUCCUCGGGGUCGUGGUGGGCUCCGUCCUCGGGUAUUUCAUCUCCUUCCCUCUCGUGGUUCACAAAUGAUGAUAUGGACAUACUUCAGACACAGGGUGGAUUUUAUCUGUAUUUGUUCCCUGAGUUAAGAGGAUCUUAUGCUCUGGAUAUUUGAGGGGAAACCACCUAAUUUGAAUUGUGUUGUUCUGCUUCUUAGUUGUGUUUUGUGAAAAUGUGAACACUAGGCUAGGACAAGGGGAGUUCCUAAUACGCUGAAUGAUAAGAUGAGCAACCCAACACACACUACUGCUGCAUGAAACACAUCUGGAUAUUGAAACUAAAAUAUUAUGCACAAACUCAUUUGCACUGUCUGUGAGCAGCACUGUGUCCCUCUUUAAUCUGUGGCCUCAGGGCUCUUUAGAGGUCACUUUGACUGGACAUACUUAGUAGUAUCAUUUGUCUUUGACCAGAGGAACAAUAUGCAUAUUUGUAUCGUUUUUCAGGUGUUUUCUUUUAUGUUAAAGAGAUACAACAUUGUGUUUCUGAGGCGUAAUCUUGCUCAUUUUAUGAACAGCAAACAUCUAGGAGGAGAUUGGAGUUUAGUUUAAUUGGACUCCAGCAUUUAAAUUCUCCACAGCAGAGGAACGACAACAAUGUAAAGAAGGGAAGUCAGGCUCGUGGCAUAUUACGGUUAUUUCUGGUCAACAGUGUCAGACGCAGACUCGCACUCUGAGCUGAGAUUGGCGGUCAGAGGGCUUUUGACAGGGCUAAGAAUCAGGAACUGAAUCUGUGAUCGCGGUUUGUAAACUUCUCUAAUGUGUCAUCUUGGUUCACGGACCUUCUCUCACGUGAAAGACAAUCAUGUGGUUCGUGGCAAUCAUUGACAACCCUUGACCUGCAAAGAAAAGAACCCUGAAACCGACUGUUUGAGUUUUUAAACUAGUUUUAGACUAAUUCCAGUUAGUGGUUUGUUGAAAAUAAUAAUAAAUGUCUCCUCAAUGCGUUUCUGUCGCAAGAACUUGGCCGACAAAAAUAAAGAAUAAAGUUGAUGAAAUAGUUGUAUUCAUCCAUAUUUUAAUAUGUAUAUACAGUUUAUUGCAAGAAGGGAAAGGCACUAGACAAACAGCUGCUCACACCACAGACAGAUACUUGUAAUAAAUAAACAGGAGAAGGGGACGGACAGUUUGUUGCAUUGGAACGAAUGGUUCGGAACAAACUCUAAAUGUGCCUUGGAUACAGUGAGUGGUUUUAUUACAGGUCACUGAAUCAUAAAAAUGAGAGUUAAAAGUUUUCCCUAAUUUCAUUUGAAAAUACAUUGAUAUGUAAUUGCAAUUUUUUAAAGAUGUUCCUGCAAAGAAAUAUGUAAUUUGAUACUAAUUCUAAUAAAAAUGAAGACAUGAAA